AUGUCACCCCCCGCUGGCUCCCGAUUUCGUCCUUGCAGAGACCACACCCCCGGCUCUAAAUGUCAUCCGGACCUGUUCGCCGGCGGACUACUUUUGCUCCAGACACCUUUCGCUCUCCAAUAUCUCCUUGCAAAGGUCGCCGCUCUUCGGGCUGGUCCGGCCAUUUCUCUAACGGUACUCCGGCGGCCGAUUGAUAAAUCGCCAGCCCGAUCUACCGACCCGCGGGGUACGGACUCAGGUAAGCUGCUGGACGGCCAGCCGUCGUAG